AUGUCGCAUGAGAUUUCAAAGCUAGCAGCAUGUGCUUGCUCGGCCCUUUUCCAAACAGAUGAUGGUUUGAAUGAGCAUAUUCAAGAAUAUCGGUCCCGGGAGCAGUAUCUGUUAGCCGAAGCCAAAACAUGCCGAACCCAUUGGAGAACCAGCGACGAUCGAAUUAGCCAAAGCGAUUGCGACGAUAAUCAAGAUAGUAAAGACAACGAGGUCGGCAAUCAUACGAGCACAAGAAGGGAAUAUAAACGCGACGGGGGAUUUUAUUGCCCUAACCGAACAUGUUCAACGCCGAAACGGGUAUGGAAAAAGCAGCUCCUCCGGCGGCAUUUUCAGCAACAUGUCCCCUGUAACGAAGUAUGUGUGGAGUGUCACAAGACGAUGAGGCUCACAAGCGAGUUCCUAAGGCAUGCCGAGAAGCACGUCGACAUAAAAGAUGAAAGGAAGAAGGUAUAUAUUAGGGCAACAUGCGAUGAAUUACGCAAGCUUUCCGACGAUCAGCUUAACCUCGCGUUGAUGAAACCGAAGUUUGGAGUAACAGGUUUGGACUCAGAGGCGCCAGAAAGUCAGAAACGGAAGUUUGGAGUAGCAGGUUUGGACUCAGAGGCGUCAGGAACUCAACAUACGGUAAUCCACGACCAUCCUCACUUGCAAAGCAGCAGUGCGCCCUUUUAUAGCCGCUCGAUCGAUACCGAAUCGGCUAUAACACAAUCACUUUCAGCAAUGACGCCCAGUUCUCACAUAGUUGGAAUCGCCGACACUUACACGGACAUGUCAUAUUCCACGGAAGCACAACUGCAGCCAGAUCUCUUGGGAGCCUCUGAUAGUGUUCCUACAUUGAUGAAUACAUGGACGACGGACAGCCACAGAACUACCAAUCCAGUUAAUGAAGUUUUGGAGACGUCAAGAACCCAAGGGUUGAUAGUGGCCGACCAACCUCAUUUGCAGGGCAGCAGCCAAGCACAUCUGGACUUCUUAGGGACAUUUGAUGCUCCUAUUCUGCAGACUUUGAACAAUGUCCCAGUAUCGGAAGCGCACAACUAUGGGUCAAAGGCGCCAAUCAUGUAUUCGAACACGGCCCGUGAAUCUCUUAUGCCCUCCAUGUAUCCUGGAUCUGAGACACCAGCUAUGUAUUCAGGUACGGUUUUGGGGGCAAAGGCGCCGAUUAUGCAUUCGGGUACGGUAUUUGGUUCAAGGGCACCGGUCAUGUAUUCGGGGACGGCCUUGAGAUCAGCGUCAUUUCAAGAUGGAAGCUCAGUUCAUGCGCCAUAG